AUGACAUCUUCAUAUUAUCCUAUUACAACAGACAAUUAUUUUGAUAAUAAACAAACACAAUCUAUGGCUCCAACAUCUCAUUAUAGUUCAUAUCAAGUCACCAAAACAACAAAUCAAAAUUACAGUGAUGAUGAUGACGAUGAUGAUUUAGAUGCAUUACGAAAUGCUGCACUUAAAACGCUCAAUACUAAAAAACGCAAAAAUACUUAUGAUCAUUCACCAAAUCAUCGUAAUUCUCGUUCAUCAUCAAGAUCUUAUUCAUCUCAAUCUAGUUAUACACAUUCUUCUAUUAGUCGAUCAUCUUCAUCAUUAUCAUCAAUUAGUUCGGAUUCAAUUGAUAAACAUGAUAAAGAUUAUCGUUUUGAAAAUAAAAUAAAGCCAACAACUGGUGAUAUUGAUGAACGUUUUCCACAAGACAUUCCAAAUGAUAAUGAUGAUAUGCUUAUUGUUAAUUGUCCUAUUCAAGAUGAUGAUCUUCUUAUACAAAAUGAAGAAAAAUCUACGAAAAAACAAAUACCACCACCACCAUCAUCGUCAUCAUCAUUACGAAAAACUUCUGAUCAUGAUGACCGAAAAUAUCAUAAAUCUUCUUCUUCUGCUUCAAAAGAUAUUAAAAGACGAAAAGAAGAACGAAAAAAAUCACCACCAAUUGAUGAACGUCCUGUUUCAAUAACAGUUAAAUUAAAUUCGGAUGAAUUUGAUCUUCGUCAAUUGAUAAAAAAACGUCGAACAAAUGAAUCUUCUUCGUCUUCUCCAAAUAACAACAAUCAUCGAGUUGUUCAAAUUUUACCAAAAGAUAAUAAUAAUACAACAAUUGUAAAUAAAACAAUUCAUGAUCGUCUUUCAUCAAGACGAACAGAUAAAGAUCGAUCACAUCAUAAACAUUAA